AUGAACAAUGACUCGACUCCAACACCAGCAGCGGCCCUGCCCUCCAACCCCUCGAACACCUUGGGAGAAAGCGCGCAAUCGACACGGCCUCGGAAUGUCCUCUCACCAGCACAAAAGCGCUUCCAGGCGCAAAUUACGAAGAAGGUGGAAUUCAUAGAUGAUCUGAUCAAGCAUUCGGAUAUGCUUAUAUACAUGGAACUUUGUGUAUUGUAUUAUAUGGACUGUUCAUUCUUUAGACUCCUACUUCGAAGUUUCAUGCAAUUGAUAUUCCUUACACCCAAGCCCGCCGCCGUCCCAGGCGUAGCUCCUACACAUCGACCCUGGGUUUAUGUGAUACUAGGCCCGAACCUGAUAUGCAUGCUCCUACACCUCUUCACCUCUCGCCCCGAAGCCGGCGAGUCAAUGAGGGGUUACCUCCAUGGUGGAAUUAUAAUAGACCUAAUAGGCCAGAAAGGGCCAACCUCGAAGACCCAUCUGUUACUGCUGGAUGUUCUGGUCCUAGCUUUGCAAUGUUUUAUGCUGGCAGUAGUGAUGGAAAAGGAUAGGCUAGGAACCGUAUUGAAAGCCUACACAUCUCCAAAUUCCGCAGCGAAUCGAUCGACAGUUCCGAGGGCGGAGAUUCAGGAUCUCGAUGCUGAGGAGAGAGGCGUGGUUAGGGAUUCCGUUGCCGAGAAUGGGGACAUUGAGCUUGGGACUAUGAGGAAUCGAGAACCCCCGAGCUUGAACGGGCGAGAACCAAAUACUGGAGGAGAUAGUGACCGGGCAGCACUACUCGCAGAACCUCCGCCUAGGGAACACAGUGGGGGUGGUUUGGAUACCUUUUGGUCCGGCAGAGCCAUUAUCGCAGAUUUACAUAUACUACAGGUUAUCAGAAUGCAUUGGCGGGACUAUGGAAUAAUGAAUGGCGAGGCUACCGAGUCUGCCUGGCAAAAUGUUGGAUUUCGAGCGGCGAGGUCGAUGAUUUUGCUUCGAACAGAGAUGCCAGCGGGGCGCUGA